AUGGAUGAGGCCGAGACGCGUCGGCGCGUGCUGACAUUUCGCAACCUCCAGCGGGACAUGGCGACGCUUUUCGGCGAUUAUAGACAGGGCAUAAGACGUGUAUACCCUGAUGUGGUAAUGCAAAGAGUGGCGGCGGAAAUGAACGCCGACCCGAACGAUCUCCUAGCUGAACGUAACCGCCCUGUGCGCAGAGGAUGGCCUUGGAACCAGCUUGCCAGCCGCGGAAAUCAAGAGAUGGUCACCUUACAGGCUCAAAACUGGAAAAGGUUUUGGCGCAAGAGAUUGCAAGCGCAAAAUGUGGACGAGGACAUACCCUUACAAGUCGGAGCUGGGCGCGUCCGCAGAUUGCUCCGCAGCAAGGGGCUUGAUGCCAGACUGGUCAAAGUCCUUGGUAGUGGCGGCCAAGGAAUGGUGAGCCUCUGGGAAAUCAACAACAGGAGGGAAUGGAAGAGGGUCGUGAUCAAGUCAACUGCGUUGGAGGGGGGUGUCUUGGAGCGAGAGAAGGGGACAACACUGACCGUGAAGCGAGCCAAGCAUACUGUUCAGCUGCUGCGUUUCAACGGAGACAUAAUGGUGCCUAAAGACGACGGGUCUGACGAAACGGAAGAUAUCGAGAGCUGGCAGCAGCUUGAUGAUUCUUUGGAAAUCAUGUGCAUUGAAUAUAUGAAGAACGGAGACAUGUUUCGCUUUUUGGCGCGGAUUGGACGCGUUGGGACGAUCAUCCCAAACCAGGUCCUGUGGAAAAUAUUUAUUUGCCACUCGACGCGGUCACUCACGGUGUCAGCAGUCGUCAAAGCCUGUAUCGCAAUGGCGCACCCACCAAGACAUGCAAAGGACGCAAACACGGGCGAAGACAGAAACACGUCCUGGGGAACAAGGCUGCGUGGGAAAACACCGUACCUUCUGCCGAUAGCUGGCAACUACGGGUGGCAUAGCAACGUAUGGCACAUCGGAGUUUGCAUGCAUAUGCUCAUCACUCACUCUGCGUGGACAGAUCCUCCACAAGCAAUCGGCCCGCUGAACGAUCACAACGCAAUGGCCGAACUGUUUCCGACACCAUUCCGGGUCACGGACUUUGAUGGGCAAUCAGUGGAUCCUUUCUAUACCUACGGCAUUUGGCUCACAAAUCCAACCGCAUUAGAGGCGCCCAUCGACACCGCCCUCAUGAUGAUAUUGGUUCGCUGCCUUGCGGCCGAUCCAGCGGACCGGCCCUCGCUGCGAGAGCUCCUACGAUACGCCCGUUGGAGGCAGACUCAGCCAGACUUCAGAGAGGGACAAGACGAGAUCCGAGCCUGGUCGGAUGAGAAUAUCAGCCAACCACCUAUUCCCUCUCCUGAAGCUCCUGCAAGUACUCGGACCGGCCUCGCCGCCCUCGGAACAGAUGUCAUGGAUCGUCUCACAGAAGCGGCGGGAAUGUUGCGCAUCGGCGGACUAGCAAACCAGGCGGACAGGGCAGAGGAGCCCCAACUGCGUCGUGUCGCGCCAGUGGAGAACCUUAGGCAGGAACACCAGGAGCAAGAAGCCGCCGCACCGCCCGAGAGGCCCCGGCCGGCCCCCUCCAACUGGUGGUGGAACAAUGUGAUUUCGGACCGCAUAGCACAGCUGCAAAACGUCAUAUACGCCAGAGUCGUACCCUUGCCGCCAAACCCACCACCGCCACCCUUGCAUCGUGUUCCGGGGGUAGAUGACCUUAGAGCACGCUUCCAACAAGACGCACAACGACAGCCGCAGCCACCGCAGAACUUGGGUCAAGGCGGGAGGGCAGACGAACCGAGAGGUCAGAACAACGACCAGUCGCAGCCACCGCGAGGCAUCUUGCGUAAUAACAGGCCAGCGAGGGACGUGAGAGUACGAUUCGCCGAGGGUGUGCCAUCACCGUCACGUCGGGGCUUGCGUCCUUUGUAG